AUGGAGACAUUCCAAAAUGUUUUGUCUGCUGAAGAAGUUAAAAUUCGUGAGUUAAAGAUAAAGGCUGAACAAUUAGCAGAACGUAGGAAAGAAUUGUUGUUGAAACGACAAGAAAAUGUUCAAAAUGGUAAAAGGGAGAGAAAAAAUAUUUGUUUAUAA